UGCGCCGCGAUGCGUUGAGUAGUUACGCUUCACGCACCGAUAGUGCCUGUCCCUUCCUCUUUUCGCUCAUCCGUCCCGGAAAGACCCGCUUGUCUGUCUUUCUGCCAUGAAUCAGUUUUGUCGCGACGAGAGCAUUGAGGCUUCGGUUCUUCAAUCAGUACUGAAUGUUAUAUUUGAAUCAUCAUUGUGCUUAUCCGUUUGCAUUGUGGAAAGUUGAGAUUUCUCUCGAAAGAGAAUGAAAAAUAUCUCAAAGUGUGCGAGCAGCUUGUUAUGUCAAUUGCUAGUACAGCGGUAAAUAUGCAAAUGGGAAUGGCGACAUUAGGAAUUCGAAUUGUGUUUCUCGUAAUUCUGUUACACAGAGAAAUAUAUGGAAGAUAUUUAGAGAUACUGCAAGGUGUAUUUAUAUUUAACUCUGUGAUUCAACGAGAGAUCAAGGUCUUAAUGUGAACUUGGGAGACGCACUUUUAUUUCUCAGAGAAUAUGAAAAGGAAGCUUUGUUAAAAUGUGCAACAACGACGACGGCCCAAUGGAAUUUUGCGACUAAUGUUACUGAGGCAAAUCGUCAAAAAAUGAUAGAUGAACAAACACUGAAACUAAAGUUUGACAGAGCCUCUUGGCGUAAAGUAAUUACAUUUGCAUGGAGUCGAAUACCGGAUACUUUAGCGCGAAGACAACUUAAAUUAAUCGCUACUAAAGGUCGGAGUUCCUUGACUGACGAUAAAUUUAACGAGAUACACCGCUUGAUAACCGAGAUGAAGGAACUUUACGUUAAAGCCAGGGUAUGUCCGUACAAAGAAUUUGACGUCAAAUGUAAUAUGAGUUUGGAUCAUGAUAUAAAUAACAUAAUGGCGCAGUCAAAGGACUAUGAUGAACUAUUGUAUUACUGGCACGCUUGGCACGAGGCAAUCGGUCCACAACUUGUAAACAAAUAUUUAAGAUAUGUUCAAUUGGCCAAUCAAGCAGCUAGAUUAAACGGUUUUGCCGAUGCCGGCGAUCAGAUAAGAGAAUUGUUCGAAGACGAAUAUUUCCAGCAAAAUAUGGCGGAAGUCAUGUCCGCAAUAACUCCGCUUUAUAAGAAUCUUUUCACUUACGUGCGAUUGAAACUGUUUGAAAGAUACGGUGAUAGAAUACGAGAAGAUGGACCUUUACCGGCUCAUAUUUUGGGAAAUAUGUGGGCCCAAAACUGGGAAAAUUUAUUCGAACUAGUACAACCUUUUCCUGCGAGCAGAAAACUCGAUGUCACUUUGGAUAUGAUGAUACAGAACAUUACUCCGCUAAGGAUGUUCCAAAUAGCGGAGGAGUUCUUUACGUCACUCGGAAUGAAACCGAUGCCGCCGGAAUUCUGGAAAUUUUCCAUAUUUGAAAAACCUAUUGAUAGGGAAGUGAAGUGCACUCCUAGUGCAUGGGAUUUUUGUAAUAAAGUUGAUUACAGAAUAAAGCAGUGUACUAGAGUAACAAUGGAAGAUCUAUUAUCGACACAUUAUGAAAUGGCGCAUUUGCAAUAUUAUUUACAAUAUAAGGAUCAUCCGUUAUUAUUUCGAAACGAAGCGAUUCCAGGAUUUUACGAAGCCGUUGGCGACGCAAUUGUUUUGUCUGUAUUUACUCCUCAACAUUUACACAAAAUCGGAUUGUACAGUAACUUAACGGAUGAUUAUGAGAGUAAUAUAAAUUUUCUGAUGCUAUUGGCACUCCGUAAGGUGGCUUAUUUGCCAUUCGCUUAUAUAGUUGAUCAGUGGAGAUGGCACGUCUUCAGCGAUGGCGUUGAAGAUAUGACGGCACGCUGGUGGGAAUUAAGAUUGCAAUAUCAGGGCAUUAUCCCACCUGUACCUAGAACCGAAAGAAAUUUUGAUCCGGCAGCGAAGUAUCACAUUCCAGCGGAUAGUCUUUAUACUAAGUAUUUUGUAAGCGUUGUUUUACAAUUUCAAUUGUUCCAGUCACUAUGUGAAAUUUCUGGUCACACCGGAGAAUUGCAUACUUGCGAUGUUUAUAGGUCACGCGAAGCAGGUCGUCUAUUAUCAGACAUUCUGUCGAUCGGAGCUUCUAGACCAUGGCAAGAUGUUGUCAGGCAAAUGACAAGAGGUAAAACGAGUAGAAUAGACGCUGGUGCCAUGCUCAAUUAUUUUGAGCCUUUAAAUGCGUGGUUAAAACGACAGAACGAAAUGCAGCCAGUCAUCGGUUGGAUCACAAGUCGCGACGACAGAGGAAUCUUUCAUUUUGUUUCAGGACUGUUUGCUCAGUGGUAUCAAAAUAGUGCACAGAACAAUGAAAUUGGAAAUGUAUUCCCCCUAUUAUUAUUUGUAAUCUAUAAAGUUUUUAUUUACUAAUGUUUAUUCCAUAUUUUGGUGACUCAAAGUUAUAUUUAUAUGCGUAUACACCUUCGCACAGUGUUGUUAUAAAUAAUUGGAUCUUAUUUUUAUUUUUUUCUUUAUUUCUGUUUUUGCAAAGUGCACGUAAUAUACGUAAGCAAACUUCAAACUGAGCGCGACGUUAUAUUUUUUAUAUAAAAUGUCUACUAUUUUUUUUGACUUUGCAAUAACGAAGAUGAC